GACUCUCAAGCAUCGGUCGUGCUCGUAGAGCAAUCUCCACAGCGUCAGCGUUGGUAACCUUUCGCACAGCGAGUUAGGUCAUCUCGAUGACGAGAGUGACUGUGAGGCGCCAAUAUAUAGUUGGCCCGACGGCUGCAGAAGUUGUAAUGUAGGCAGCGUCGAAGACGUGGAGGAACACUCUUUUGUGUGUGUGAAUCCAUGGCCUUGCUUGUGAAGAGAGUGCUGCCUUUCCGUAGCACUGUCACCUGAGUUCGUGUUUCCCACGAGAGCUUAUGGCGUCCGCACAAGAUAGCGUCGCAUUUCUCACUGCGCUGUCCACGGACGGGAGUGUGGACGGUUCAGUACCCCCUCUGGCCGUGUACACGGGUGAGAAUAUUUUCGGUAGAGAUGACUGUCACGUUUUCGGAAAGAAGAUUAGCAGGAAGCACUUGAGAUUGACAGCCUGGUCGGACGAAAGGGAGGACCACUUUGAUGUGUACGUGCUGGGGCCUAAUCCCGUCGAAGUCUUCUCUGGGCGCGGCAAGGUUAAGGUGAAGCCUAAGGAGUGUUGUGUCAUCGGAGAUACGGAUGUCAUAUACUUUCUUCCUAACGACUUACCCUUCCGACUCAACGUCUGCCAUCGAAAAGAGUGCUCCACCGUCUCGAACACUGUGGUCGAAACCACGCACCGCACUAUAACUCGUGUAAUAUCUACAUCUGUACCGUCUGCUGUCUCAAAGGACGUUAAUAACAGUGGUGUAAAGAAAAGGCAUCUUGCGGAUGACGAGGGCGCAUGGAACCAACUGAAGGAGGAGAUCAAUUGGCACCGAAAUGACGCAAAUGCAGGCACAGUUCCAAUGAUCGCAUCCGGCCGCAGCCUAAAACCUGUAGAGAUUCCAGCUUCAAAGCUACGGAGAACUAAGUUUUCGCUGAACUUUCCGCCCUCAUCAUUUCACCUCUUGCACACCACGGGUUUGCCCCAGUCAGCCAACAGUGGUUGUGUUCGUCUGCAGGAUGUGAUUGAGGGUGAUGUGCAGGUUGCCAUACUAUCAAACUACAUGGUUGAUGUUGACUGGAUUCUUUCCGAGUGCCCUCUGUUGAGAAGAAUUCCAGUCAUCAUGAUACAUGGCGAAAGAGGUGGUUCGUUAGACCUUUUGAAUAACCGGAAGUCGAAAAAUUGGGUCUUGUACCAACCUCCCUUGCCUAUAUCGUUUGGAACGCAUCAUUCCAAGGCCAUGUUACUCUUGUAUGAGACCGGUCUGCGAGUUGUUGUCCACACUGCCAACUUGAUUCACGCCGACUGGAACAACAAGACCCAAGGCCUGUGGAUGCAAGACUUUCCGCGGAAGACAUCCUUGACGCACCGCGUGUCGUCUGGCUUUGAGGAAGAUUUGGUCGAAUAUCUCACGCACCUGAAGUGGGAAGGAUAUACCACAUCACUUCCUUCCACUGGGCCGAUAAAGGUGAACGCGCAAUUCUUCCGCACGUUCGACUUCAGCUCCGCUACUGUCAGGCUAGUGGCGUCAGUGCCAGGUUAUCAUCGGGAUCGUGAUAUUUCCAAGUUUGGACACAUGAAGAUGCUGCAGCUGCUGAAAGACGAGCGAUUCGACUCUGACUUUGUCCGUUCUCCCCUAGUGUUUCAGUUUUCAUCCCUGGGUUCUAUAAAUGAGCAAUGGAUAGAUGAGAUGAGGAGCUCCAUGUCUGCUGGCAAGACAACAAGCGGUGAUGACUUGGGUAUAGGUGAAGUGUCUUUCGUUUGGCCUACUGUAGAGGACAUUCGUUGUUCAUUGGAGGGAUAUGCCGCUGGCAACUCCGUCCCAAGUCCACAAAAAAAUGUCAAGGCAGUGCAAAAGUCCUACUGGGCAAAAUGGCGAGCUGAUCAUUGUGGGAGGGGUCGAGCAAUGCCUCACAUCAAGACAUAUGCCCGAUAUAACGGCCAGACUCUAGCAUGGUUUCUACUCACUUCUUCAAACCUGAGCAAAGCCGCGUGGGGCUCCCUACAGAAACAGAACAGUCAGCUGAUGAUCAGAUCUUAUGAGCUGGGUGUUCUGUUCCUGCCGUCGACUGUUCAAAGGGCCGUCGGUAGUACGUUUUCAUGCACUGGGAACGCUCACUCGAAGGAGAUUGGACGAGCGGAGGCAUCGACUUUCAGUGAAAACGAAUAUCAACAAUUGCGUGGGAGGCCUGGUCGUCUCGUAACUACAAAUUGGGAAGAUGAUCCAUCUUUUGAACCUUUCGCACGUCUGCCUGUUCCAUACUCGUUGCCUCCUCCGCGGUAUGGACCUAGAGAUGUACCUUGGUCAUGGGAUUGUGUGUACACGAAACCGGAUAUCUUUGGGGAGGUCUGGCCAAGAGACGUUCAGUUCUACGCUGCUCAAGGGCCCAUGUAAACGUAAGUUGGGUGUAACCUUUUGUCACUCCACAGAAGUAAAGACUGGUUUGAUAAGAAGGAAAUGUCACUAAUUGAAUAUAUCUGGUUAUGGACUCGUUCAUAUAAGGGGCUUGAGGGCACCUUUAUUGAACGGUUGUGUCUGGUAAAGUCAUGUAUAUAUCUCAUUGUUUUGUCUUUUCCAAUGUGGUUAUCCACUUUAGUGAGAAUGGCUUUAGCAGAUGUUAAAAGUAGUUUGAUUACAGAACUAUGUUCAUAAAGGAGUCCGCUGGUUCUCAAAUAGCUGGAUUUUCAGUCUAUUUUCAUUACGAAGAUGUCACUGCCGAGAAGGCUCAAGUGUUGUAGAAGGCAUUGGGUUGUGCAGAUCAAAGCCCUUCCUAUGGGAAUUCUUACUUACGGCCGGAAAUAUCUUCUUGUUUCGUACCGACUUUUACGGGCAAGAUAGUGUAUUCUGAAAUUUGAGGGCACAUUUUAUUGGGUGAAGUUGAAGUAGUGUAUCUCAUCUGCAUUCAGUGGGACAAUUGGCGUGCGUUCAAGAAACUCGCAUUUUCGAAAUCCAUGUAUCCUAUAAUCGCACCGUUGGAACUGCAGAAAUUAUUCCGCUGGCUAAUGCUAAACUAAUCCGGUCGUAAAUUAAUUCUUAGCUAUAGAGUCACGA